AUGGGCGGAGAGAUGAGCUGGCAUGAGGCUGAAGUUGUGGAAUUUCCGGUUGGGGUAUCCAUGAGCGAUAUCAGCACUCGUGUCAGCAUCGUCAGGCAUCGGCGGCACCGGUUUGGGUUCGAUCUCCUUGUCCUCGGGGCCCGAGGCGCCGUAGAACCACUCGAUGAAGCAGUGGGUGUCGGGAACAGGGCGCUCCUUGAGGUCGAAAAGGCGCGGCUUGACCGUGCUCCAGAAGAGGUCGGGCCUCAGGAGCAUGAAGUCGCGAGCCCAGCGCGUGGUGGCGAAGCGCACCGUCUGGAGUGGGAUGCAGGGCUGGCCGCCUUCCUCGUCCAGCGGGACGCCCUUUGUGCUGAUGAGGAUUGCCGAGUUGGCGGCGUCGACCAUCUCGUAGACGGUGACGAGGUCCGCGACGUCGAGCCGGAAGCGGAACCAUUUGCGGAUGACCUCCUCCUCGCUGUCGCUGAGCAGCGAGGCCUGGUCGCCCGACACGGCGGUCCACCCGCCCUUUUCGCUUUCGAGGUGCCGCUCAUUGACGCGCCGCAUGGCGGACGUGGCCGGUAUCGGCGUGUCCAGGCGCGCGUCGAGCAGCUCGCACAGCUGCGACACGGGCGUGGCCGUCGGCUGGGGUAG